UUCACCUUUACAGUGCGCACCUCCCCGAGGCUUAUUGAGGAGGCAUCUGGUGAUUGUGGAUAUACAUCGAACGCUGAGGAAGAAGUGUUUUUCUCGAGGAGUGAAGAGCCCUUUUCUGAAGGGAUAAAAGACUUUUUGGAGGUUCUGACUGGAUUUACUAAUGCAUGAGUCAUGACUUAGUUAUUUUUUUCACUGACGCGGAUGGCUGUGUAGAAGCUCUCCACAAAUACAAUUUCAAUCCAAAGCAACAUACAAAACAACUGUGCCAACAGAAUGCAGAAGCAAGUGGAGGUCAGGAUGGGCGAGAGCCACCUGGAGCCCAUAGUGGAGAAUAAUGAGAGUCUAUGUAGCAGUUUUUGUGAUAAAAUCAUGAAGAACAUGGUUCUCACUCUUACAAUCCUGGGUGUGUUUCUGGGUUCCAUCUCUGGAAUGCUGCUGCGGCACAUAUCGCCUCUCCCACCUGAUGUCGUUUUGAUCAUCUCCUUCCCCGGAGAGAUCCUAAUGAGGAUGCUGAAGAUGCUUAUUUUGCCUCUUGUUGUUUCCAGUCUGGUCACAGGACUAGCCGGUUUGGAUGCCAAAUCCAGCGGUCGUUUAGGCACCAGGGCCAUGGUGUACUACAUGUCGACGACGGUGAUCGCAGCCGUCCUGGGAGUGAUCCUGGUGCUGGUCAUUCAUCCCGGUAACCCCAAGCUGAAGGCUAAUCUCGGACAGGGAAAGAAGAACGACGACGUGUCCAGCAUGGACGCUCUCUUCGAUCUCAUCCGAAAUCUUGUCCCAGAGAACUUGGUGCAGGCCUGCUUUCAGCAGAUCCAAACAGUAUCCACCAAAGUACAAUUGCCCACUAACAGAACCAAAGCACCUCCUCAGUUCACAGUUAAGAGGUCGCUUCAAUUCAAGGGUGGGAUGAACGUCUUGGGUUUGAUUGGAUUCUUUGUUGCUUUUGGAGUCAUUAUGGGGAAAAUGGGAGAAAAGGCCAAGCUGAUGUUGGAGUUUUUCAACGUCCUGAAUGAGAUUGUUAUGAGGCUUGUUGGCGCAAUUAUGUGGUAUUCCCCUUUUGGUAUUUGCUGCCUCAUCUGUGGAAAGAUCAUCUCCAUCGCGGACUUGGAGGUGGUUGCGAGGCAGCUGGGGAUGUACAUGGUCACUGUGAUAGUGGGUCUCAUCAUCCACGGAGGCAUCUUCCUUCCGCUGAUAUAUUUUGUGAUAGUAAAAGAAAACCCCUACAAGUUCUUCAUGGGAAUAUUCCAAGCUUGGGUCACGGCACUCGGAACAGCGUCCAGUGCUGGUACCCUGCCCGUCACAUUCCGAUGCUUAGAGGAAAACCUGGGCAUCGACAAGAGGGUGACGCGCUUUGUCCUCCCGGUUGGCGCCACCAUCAACAUGGACGGCACGGCGCUUUAUGAAGCUGUGGCGGCCAUCUUCAUCGCUCAGAUGAACGGGAUCAACCUCGACUGGGGCCAGAUUGUUACUGUCAGUAUGACAGCUACCCUGGCCAGUGUUGGGGCAGCCAGUAUCCCCAGUGCUGGACUGGUGACCAUGCUUCUGAUCCUCACGGCAGUGGGGCUGCCCACUCAGGACAUCAGCCUCCUGGUCGCUGUCGACUGGCUGCUAGAUCGUUUCCGUACCUCAGUUAAUGUGGUUGGGGACUCCUACGGCGCAGGUAUCGUGUACCACCUUUCCAAGCACGAGCUCGACUCCUUCGACCAACAGGGCCGGAUGGAGGACUUUGAGAUGGCAAAGACUCAAUCCUUCUAUGAAAAUAACAGCAACCAGAAUGUAUACGCUCACCACCACAACAACUCAGUCUUGAUAGACGACUGCAAGGUCACCAAAAAUGGCAAGACUGCAGGGUUCUCUCUUGUUGAGGAGGGACCAUGGAAAUGCGAGUAAAGCAGAUCCAGAUGCUGCUGCGCCUUACCCUGAGUUCCAACAGCUUUUACUUUCUGCCGACACAACUCUAAAAAAAUCAGCAAAAAAAACAAAAAAACAUCACAUAGAAAAGAAGGGGCAAAGAAAAGUGAAUGUUAGCAACUGUACCACAAGAACAAACAGUCGGCCAGUCUUUUUUCUUUCAGUUACCCAUCCGGGUAGCUACUGGAACAAACUUCAAAUGACUCACCAACUUGUAUUAGAUCUUGCAUUUGCACUAACUAGACACAAACUAAUGCGCUGGUGCAUUUCAUACACUUUGUACAGAAUACAUCAUUCGGUUGACUACACUCAGGGCCUUACUUGGUGCUGCUGCAAGCUUUCUGUCAACGAAAAGAGUUUUUCAACCUUGUGCAACAUCUUAUUUUUCUUUUGUAAUGAAGCAUUUUAUUUGUAGCUUAAAGGGCAGAAUGAUAUGUGGAUGAUGGACCUUGCCAGUUACAUUUAAUACAAGGACCAAGUAAGAGAAAAUAUCAAAGUUGGUGUACAUGACUCAGAACAAUUGUUACAGAUCAGCCAC